AAUCUUAAUUUACAACAUUAAAUUAAUUUAUGUAAAACAUCUGACAUGGCAAGAAGAACAACUCCGAUUUUUCUCUUCGCCGGUUUACAUUCCUGUAAUCUGAUAAUCUCUUAUCAGCAACUGACCAGAUUCAGCUAAUUUUGCGCACGCCUUCAUUCUUCCAGCGUGCAUUGCUUUGUCAACAUACAUUCGCCAGUCAUCUUGAUUUGUUUUUGUUGUGAGCCAUUCAAUCACUUGUUAUCGCAGGUACAUAAGUCUACUCUGUUAGAAGAAUUUCUAAUUCAAUUUAUUGUUGGAUUAUCCUUUAUAUAGGUACAUUGGUGAGAUUCUUUGGAUGCUAAAAAUUUUGUGUAUGCUUUACAAUAUUUGACGGAUUUUGUGUUUGACUGGCGAAAUACGUUAAUACAAUGCUAUGGAGACCCUGUUUCAUGCGCUCAUCAUCGUAAUUACAACUUAGCAGGAGUAAAUGAAAUGUUGUGAACGUUUACGUAUGUUGACUUGAAUUUCUUUGUUCUGCUUCGCGCCAGUUUGCCGGUCUUGGAACCAUGAAUGACCUAGUGAACUUUGUGGCUAUUUAUAUAUUGCCCAGCAUCCAAGAUGCAUUGCGGUAAACAGUCAAAAUGGCGUCUGUUUUGAUUGCUGGAAGUUCACAUGUUAAAAGAUUUGAGCACUAUGUAAAUCAAAAUCGAGAAUUUCAGAACUUGAAUUUAAAUCCAAACAUUUUUGUAAAAUUUUAUGGUAUAAGUGGAGGAAAGCUGACAAAUAAUUCCCACUUGCAGGCGUUAGAACAAAAACUUAGGCACGUUUCUCCGGACUUUCUCAUCUUACAUUUAGGUGGUAACGAUCUGGACACAACUUCGGCUGAUGAAACAUACGCUUAUGAGUUAUGUUUACGACUUUGUUGUAUUGCGGAAACAUUUGCCCGUCGUUUCAACAUUAAAAAGACAAUUGUUUGCCAACUGAUGCCGAGAUAUCGGACACGGGUAUUAGAUAUAAAUAGUUAUAAUGAACUAGUAAUUAAAUUCAAUAGAAUACUGAAGAGAGAGCUGUUAGGAAAAAACUGUUUGCAGUACUGGAAUAUAAAAGGUGUUAAAAACAGCCAGCGUCCAGUAUUUUGCGAUGGAGUCCAUCUGAACAACGAAUGGGGCAUGCGAAUUUACUACAGAAACUUGCGUGGUGCAAUUAUCCAAUGUUUAAAAUAAGAUUGGUAGCAGGGACAUCUACAUCGUAUGGUCCGUCAACAUAAGCAGCACAUUUUCAUUCAGGUUCACUUGCAACUAAAAAAGAUAAGUCUGUUCAACAUCUGCACGAUCUCAAGCAAAUUAUGAAUUAUAAUAUGUAAUGAGUAGUCUUAUUUAUACGGUUAGUGGACAAUGGUUUACAAUUAUGAAUGGUAAUCAGUAUGUCUGCGUUUUAUUACUGCAUAUUGUAUUUGAGAUCUCAAUUAUAUGAAAUGUCAUAAACAUAGAUAUAGAAUACGCUACUUAAACUGUGUACAGUACAAGUGGUAACAUUUUAUGUUGGUAUCAGAUACACUGUGAGCUGGCACAGUUGUAAACGUACAUUCCCGAAAGUAUGAGUUUGCACAGUGAGCUGGCACUAAUGCAUCUCAUAUAUAUGUUGAUACACGUACGGUUUAGAAUGUGCUAUGGCACAUACUUUAUGAAUUUGUAUGUACGCACGUGUAUUAUGUUUCUAUGUUCGGGCACUAUGAUAAUGUACGAUAUGUUCUGAUACAAAUAUGAUUUGUGUGCAAACACUUUCAGUUACUCACUUGUGCAUAUGCGUACAUUAAGUAGUUAUGAUGUCUUCUUUUAUUCAACGAAUUCAAUUGAGUAUGAACGCUUUCAACUAUGGCUAUGAUAUGAGCAUGAUGAGCAUAGACAUGUAUGUUGGACUCAAUCAUUUUUGUCAGGCAUUUUCUUUAAAGCCAUGUUUACACGAACGCUUGGUACAUCUUCAUUGUGCCAGGGCAAGCGGAUCUGUAAUCAGGCGAAGAUUCCUGACGGGAAGUUGGUUUGAGUUUACAACAAGCAUGUGAUUUGUAUGAUAUCACUUAAGUUUCGUAUUUUAUUCAAGGUAGGAACAUGCCACCUAAGAGAAAAAGGAGUCGGGUGACAAAAGCUGCAGAGCCAACCGAGUCUCAACCAAAACGCAGCGCACCGUCUAAAGACCUGGAAAUCGUGGAUACAAUCCAAAACGCAAUACAAGCAGCCAUUCCUGGUAUUACGAAGGCGGUAAUGGAUGAGAUAUCCAAACAACAGACUAGUACUGACACCGCUAUAAUGCCAAGUCCUUCAGCGCCUGAGGGGGAAGCGGCCAAUGACAGCGCUGUGGAGCCUACGGUUAAUCUGGGUCCGGGAAUUUCAGGACCUAUGUACAAAUAUGGACCCAGUGCCAUCAGCAGUUCACCCAACAAUGCUAACACUCUGAAAGAUAUAGCGACAGCCAUUCUGAAGAAUUCCCUCGCUCCUACAUCAAGGGCAGCUUAUGAAAAAACAUUUGCUUUUUACGCUGACUUUAUGUCAACCUACUUUCCUAAUGUCUCUUUACUGCCUCCUACUACUGAGCAUUUGGCGCAUUUUAUAGCUUUUUGUUUUCAAAGUAACAUCGCAGCAUCAACCUUGAAAACUUACAUUUCGGCUCUUAGUUAUAAUUUCAAAAUUCAAGGUUUUGAAGAUCCAUCACAACAAUUUGUAAUUCGCAAAAUGCUACAGGGAUAUCAAAAGUUAAAAACAGUAGGAAGUGACACAAGAUUGCCCAUAACAACGUCAAUUCUGAAACAGCUUGUAACUUCUUUAGACAAGUUAGGCAUUUCAGCCUAUUUAUGCAGUAUGCUAAAGGCAAUGUAUUUGCUGGCUUUUCAUGCUUUUUUAAGGGUUGGUGAAAUAACAGUUUCGUCUUCUACGAACGUUAAAAACGUAUUAAAUCUGGUCAAUGUAAAACUCGUUUCGGAUAAACUAAAUUCCAGUGAAUCUCUUGAGAUUACAAUGGAUAAUUUCAAACAUAGUGCAGGCAAACAUAUACCCACGUUGAUUCUACAAAGAAACGAAUCGGAAGAGCAAUUUUGUCCUGUUCAGGCUAUUCAGCUAUUUCUUAAAGUUAGAGGCCAGUCACCAGGCCCUUUGUUUGCAUAUCCAAAUGGUGAUGGGUUACUAAGACAACAUUUUACAAAUUAUUUGCAAAUGUCUCUUAAAUGGGCAGGGCUAAAUACGAGUCAUUAUAAAGGCCACAGUUUUCGAAUAGGAGCUGCGACAUGCGCUGCAGCAAUGCGAAUUUCAGAGGAAAAAAUCAAGCGAAUGGGAAGAUGGCAUUCCGACGCUUUUAAAAAGUACAUAAGAAUCCCUGUGCUUCAUAUUUAGAUGAAUUUGAUCAUGGGGUCAUGGGUCUCUGAUCAAAUAGUAUAAAUUAGUAUUUCACCCCUUUUAUUUCUUCGCGAACGCAUAGGUGAGGGUCAGCAGGUUUUUGAACAGUAGUUUUCCUUUCGGUUAAUCUGUAUAUAUGUUGCCGUAGGUAAUGACUUUCAGACUUUUGAAAUUUAACAUUGGGUCAUGGGGACAUGGGCCUCUGAUUCCACAAUUGCUAGUGAACUAUGGAUGAGAGUUUGUUGUCAUUUGAAAUUUGACACUGGGUCAUGGGGACACGGGCCUCUGAUUCCACAAUUGCUAGUGAACUAUGGGUGAGAGUUUGUUGUCAUUUGAAAUUUGACACUGGGUCAUGGGGACACGGGCCUCUGAUUCCACAAUUGCUAGUGAUCUAUGGCUGAGAAUGUGUUGUCACUUGAAAUUAGACACUGGGUCAUGGGGACAUGGGCCUCUUGACUUCAUAACGGGUAAUGUAGCCUUGCAUGAAAGCAUUUUGUUACUUAUUGCUGCAUGAAUAAUAUGAACAGUUUCGUCACGAGGACAAGGGCCUCUGACAAUUCUUAAAAGGGAAAUGCUGACCAUUACUUGUACAUCUUUUAAGCACUUUUGUAUAACACAAAUGUAAUUUGUAUUCUUUAUGUGAAUGUUACUAUAUAUCAUAUUAAUUGAAGACAAUAGUUUUGGGUGGGGUUUAUUGUAUUCAUUGUUUCACCAUGAACACAAUAAUGUGGCGAUUUUUUAUGCCCCACCUAUGAUAAUUGGCUUAACAAAAUGUAUUUGUUAAUUUUAUGCACAUGUUUUUUAUGAUUGUGUAAUGUUUGUCAAUUUGUUUAAUUAGUAUUUUUGCAUGAUUUGUCUCGUCAUUUAUUAGAUCAAAAUAAAUGACAAUUUUCAAUUCAAACUCUCUUCAUUUUGUUUUUACAAUAUCAAACGAAGCAAAACUAUUGUCAGUGUAUUUGCAUAAAAUCUUAAUUUACAACAUUAAAUUAAUUUAUGUAAAACAUCUGACAUGGCAAGAAGAACAACUCCGAUUUUUCUCUUCGCCGGUUUACAUUCCUGUAAUCUGAUAAUCUCUUAUCAGCAACUGACCAGAUUCAGCUAAUUUUGCGCAAGCCUUCAUUCUUCCAGCGUGCAUUGCUUUGUCAACAUACAUUCGCCAGUCAUCUUGAUUUGUUUUUCCCACCGUCCCACCCAAAUGCUUUUUAUUUUUAUCUUCUUGCCAUGUUUGAUGAGAGAAAUAAAUUGAACGAUUUAAAUCAUUUUGUUCUUGGUAUAGUAAAACUGUAUGGGCGAUUUUUUAUGCCCCACCUAUGAUAAUUGGCUUAACAAAAUGUAUUUGUUAAUUUUAUGCACAUGUUUUUUAUGAUUGUGUAAUGUUUGUCAAUUUGUUUAAUUAGUAUUUUUACAUGAUUUGUCUCGUCAUUUAUUAGAUCAAAAUAAAUGACAAUUUUCAAUUCAAACUCUCUUCAUUUUGUUUUUACAAUAUCAAACGAAGCAAAACUAUUG